UUGAACUGAGUUCUCCUCAGCUUUUGAUCUCUCCAGCACUAUGAAGAUCUUCCUCAGUACUUGUCUCUUCUUGGCCAUCCUUUCUGAAGGAGAAGCUGAUAUAUGUCAUAUACACAAACCAGGAGAAAAAAACUCAAAUGAAAAUUGUGUAACUUCCAAAGGCGGCAGUUGCUUUGUUCAUUAUAAUGCCAACAAUUUAAAUGGCUCUCUGAAGAACGAAAGUGAAAGCGGAUGUACUACAAAUUGCACCUCAGAGAACUAUAGUUUCACCAGCGAAGAUGGUCGUUUCUUCCGGAGUUUCAGGUCCUGCUGUCGUUAUGGAAAGUGCACCCAAUUAUUUAUUAAAAAGUUAUCACGUAAGUUGAAUGGGCGGGAGUGCCCAACUUGUUGUCCUGCUUUCUCAAAAGCAUGUAAGGGCUCAAAGGCCAUCAAAUGUCACAAUGAUGAGACUCAAUGCGCAGCAUUUGUUGUUGCUUACGAUGACAUUGCAAUUCCCGAAAAGGAUUUCUACGGCUGUGCAUCACCAAGUUUUUGUGCAUUGGCCAAGAAAUCAAAGCAUAGUGAUGCCCUUUCAGGCACUAUAACCAGAGCACGAUGCAGUGACACUCUCCGAUCCCUAAAGCAGCUCAACUAUGAAGGGUAGUGAGGAGAGAAAGAUGUCUUCUUCCUUUUGGAUCCCACUGUUUCUUGCAGCAGUGGAGGUGGAAGUUGCUUGCCUGGUGGUGGGAGAGGAUGAGAGACUGCAAUUCACAGGAUUCCUGAAUCCUCUAUUUGGCAUGGGAUGCAGGGAAUAGAUAAGCUAAAGUAAGAAUGUUGGGCUUGGUGGCUCUGUCUCAUGAUAAUAUGGUAUAUGGGUUAAAUUUAUCUUUGUUCAUAAUCAAAAUAAAUUGC